CCCUGAUUCAAAAACAGCUCACCCCAAGGUGCGCUGCAGACAGCCCUGUGCUCAUUUCCAAAAGCUGCUCCAAGAUCCUCCCAAGAUGAAGGGCUUCUACUUCCUCCUAUUCACCAUCAGCUUCCUGAUUAUGAUUCAGAUACAGAGUGGAAUCUUGCAAAACAUUUCCAGACCUUCCACCACUUCCACCACCUCCUCCACCUCCUCCACCUCCUCCACCUCCUCCACCUCCUCCACCUCCGCCAACUCCGCCAACUCCGCCAACUCCGCCCCCUCCUCCUCCUCUUCCACCAAGUCCACUACCACCGCGACCACCACCUUCGCCAUCAAGAAAAUCAAGGGCGGGGCCCCAGCACUCAGCAGCCUGGGCAGUGGCAGUGUCCUUAUCUUCCUGACCAACACCCUCAUCCAGCUCCUCCACCUCAGCUGAGGUGACACACCUCAGCCCUAGCCCCGUGUCCUCUGAGACAUGGCAAGAGAAACUCCCCAUCCCCAAUCCUUGGGAGGGGUUGAUACCAGAGGUCACCAGUUGUGGAAAUUGACAGAAAAUGCCUUGGGGGCAAUGGCCUACAGAGGGAGGUACUGAUGUGGAGGUGUUAGCAUCACCCAGCUGGGGGUCAAUAAAGUUGUCCUGUACCUGGA